UAGUCCGCCAAAUGUUACUGCCUAGAUACGCGUACAUGUUAGAUUCUCCAUAUCAAGAUAAACUAGAAAAAAUGAUCAUAAAUACCUUAGACGCCUUGCUGUUCACCAUGAGAGGGAUGAGCGCUCCUUAUUCUCCCCUCUUCAUAUCAUAGCGACAGCGAUUGAUUUUCUCUAUUCCUUAAUUCCGAGAAAGCGUCAUUGAGAGGAUCUCCAUUUGUACGCCCGCCAUGGCCCAACUCGAACCGUACGUAGGUAAUUACUACCUAUGGCAAUAUCUCCCCUCGAUACCAGCAGCCAUCAUCUUCGUCAUCCUAUUCGCGAUCCUUACUGUAGCCCACGCCUACCGAUUGUUCACAACUCGAUCAUGGUUCUGCUUACCAUUCGUUAUCGGAGGCAUAAGUGAGUUCCUAGAAUCGUUGAUCUCGAGCCGAGUGCGGUUUUGCUAACAAUCUUAAAGUGGAGGUAAUAGGAUAUUGCGCCCGCGCAGCAGCACACGACCGAACAGGCGAACUCACGCCGUAUAUCAUCCAAAACAUCCUGAUCCUCCUACCACCGGUCCUAUUCGCCGCUUCGAUUUACAUGGUAUUGGGCCGCGUCAUUCGAGUCGUAAAUGGAGAAGCCUACUCAUUCGUCCGCGUCAACAUCUUGACUAAGAUAUUCGUGUUGGGCGAUGUAAUAUCCUUCUGCGUGCAAGGUGGAGGUGCUGGAAUCAUGUCGCAAGGCGGGAAUGUAGACUCUGGCGAGAAAAUCAUUGUCGGAGGUCUAAUCAUCCAGAUCGUCAUGUUCGGCCUCUUCAUCAUCACGGCUGUGAUCUUCCAAACCCGAUACCAGAAGAAUAAAAUGGAUGCUGCGGUCUACGACGGCACGGGGUGGAGAGCUACCAUGCUCAUGUUAUACGGAGUGAGCGCGCUUAUCAUGGUCCGAAGUAUCUUCCGAGUUAUCGAAUUCGCAGCCGGCCAGGACGGAUAUCUCCUUAAGAACGAAUGGACCGUUUAUGUUUUCGACUCAGUUCUGAUGUUGACUGUCAUGGUGCUAUUUUUCGUGUGGUACCCAGAUAACGUCAAGCCUGGCCAACAAGCUCAUUUGUUGAAUGCGAACGGAACAGAAGUUAACCUUGCCGAGAGAGGCCAGAGCUCGGGUGGAGAAUUUGGUGGUUCGAAUUAUUCGAAUUAUAAGUGAACAAGUCUUCGUUGUGUGUUCGGUGGCACAUAUUAGAUUUGUUUGAGUUGAGCCUGCUUUUUCGAGCGAUAUGGUUAUUGUUGUCAAACUAGAAGGGUCUUAUGUUGGAUAGAUUUUGGCGUAUUGGAAUAACUGGUCAUCUAAUAUGUACUUGGACUGUGUAUAACUA